AUGUCACAGAAUAGACCUGGGGUAUUCUCGAGUCUGCGCAUGGGUGAAGUCGUCCGCGAGAAAGUCCAGGAUGGACUCACAGGGGAGACGAAGGAAAUUUCCUAUUCACAAUGUAAAAUCGUUGGCAAUGGAUCGUUUGGGGUCGUCUUUCAAACGAAGAUGAUGCCCAGCGGCGAAGACGCUGCUAUUAAACGGGUCCUUCAAGAUAAACGAUUCAAAAAUCGUGAGCUUCAGAUCAUGCGGAUCGUGCGCCACCCGAAUAUUGUAGAGCUGAAGGCGUUUUACUACUCCAACGGGGAAAGGAAAGACGAAGUUUACUUGAACCUCGUUCUCGAAUAUGUACCAGAGACUGUCUAUCGAGCAUCGCGUUAUUUCAACAAGUUGAAGACUACCAUGCCGAUGCUGGAAGUCAAGCUGUACAUCUAUCAACUAUUCCGUUCCCUGGCCUACAUCCACUCGCAGGGCAUCUGCCAUCGUGAUAUAAAACCACAAAAUCUCUUGCUCGACCCAAACACCGGCAUUCUGAAGCUGUGCGACUUCGGCUCUGCUAAGAUCCUGGUUGAGAAUGAGCCUAAUGUUUCGUACAUCUGCUCCCGCUACUACCGCGCACCAGAGCUGAUUUUCGGCGCAACCAACUACACCACGAAAAUUGACGUAUGGUCUACUGGUUGCGUGAUGGCCGAAUUGAUGCUAGGGCAACCACUCUUCCCAGGAGAAUCGGGGAUUGACCAACUCGUGGAGAUCAUCAAAGUUUUGGGCACUCCUACGCGGGAACAAAUCCGCACCAUGAAUCCCAACUACAUGGAACACAAGUUUCCCCAGAUCAAGCCUCACCCCUUUAAUAAGGUUUUCCGGAGAGCUCCCCACGAGGCCAUCGACCUGAUCUCUGCCCUGCUCGAAUAUACACCGACGCAACGUCUCUCUGCUAUUGAAGCGAUGUGCCAUCCAUUCUUUGACGAACUUCGGGAACCUAACACCCGGUUGCCCGACUCACGGCACCCGAAUGGCUCCACAAGGGAACUCCCUAACCUGUUCGACUUUUCGAGGCAUGAGCUUUCUAUCGCGCCCGCAAUGAACAGCCGGCUGAUCCCUCCUCAUGCGCGUCCUGCACUUGAGGCUCGCGGGUUAGAUAUUAACAAUUUCAAACCCCUCACGAAGGAAGAAAUGAUAGCGCGCCUUGACUGA